AUGUACCAGCAGUUCGACCUGCAGCUCGACCCCGCCCUAUACUCCCUCGACGCGGAGGAAAAAGCGUUCUUCCGCGCCCUCACCGGAAUCAACAACGACAAUGAGCUCAAGGCGCACGUCAUCGCAGUUCAGAAGAAGGCAUUCGAGGUGUACACGCACCCUUGCAUCCGGACUUUCGACUUUGCAUGGCUCAAAAUGUCACGCCUUCCAGCGUACGGCAAUCUCCUCGCGAUGGCUCAGGAGCGGCCCGACCCCAUCCUGCUCGACGUUGGUUGCUGUCUGGGCACGGACGUCCGCAGAGCGGUCGUUGACGGGUUCCCCGUCGGAAACGUCGUUGCGACGGACAUAUCGCAAGCGCUCUGGGACCUGGGCCACGAACUCUUCCGCUCUUCACCCGCCCACUUGCCCUUCCGCUUCGUCCGGGGCAACGUCUUCGACCCCGCAUUCCUCACCCCCGCCCUGCCGCUGCCCACCAGUCCCACUGUGACCCCGGCGCUGCCCGCACAGCGGCUCACCUCGCUCGCGCCGCUCCAGGGCCGGGUGUCCGCGAUCUACGCCGGCGCGUUCUUCCACCUCUUCUCGUUCGCGCACCAGGAGCACCUCGCCCGGCUGCUCGCGGGCCUGCUCGCGCCCGCGCCGGGCUCGCUCAUCUUCGGCGCGCACGGCGGGCGCCCGACGCCGUCCGUGUGGGCGCCCGCGCCGGGGGCGUCGAUGGACUGCCACGCGCCGGACUCGUGGCGGGCGUUGUGGGUGCGCGUGUUCGGCGAGGCGGGGGUGCGGGUCGCGGUCGAGGCGCACCUGCGCACGACCGAGCGCGGCGGGCGCGACUUCUUCGGCACCUGGCCGGGAAACGCGCAGCCGUUCCACGUCCUCGAGUGGUCCGUCACCCGCCUCUGA